AAAAUCAUUGAUUAUUUUCCAGCUCCAAUUUUUCAUCUGCCCGAAAAUAAUUGAUAAAAGCGUAAAAAAUGUCGGAGGAGCGACGGUGCAAUUUGUGCCGGGAGGAGCAGGCGAUGGAGGUUGAUCUCGAGAAGCCCAUGUAUAAGGCAGUAAACCAACUGCUUCAGAAGCUCUUUGAAUGCUACAAAAUUGAUAUCUCCAUCCUGGGAGAGAGCUCUUGCAUUUGCCAAGCGUGCUUCGAUGGGGUUCUACACAUAAGCGAAUCUCUGAAGAAAUGGAGCAGGGCCCAGGAGGGACUGAAGGAUACACCACUGGAAAUAGACGACUCUAAGGCGUUUCAGGUCAAGCUAGAGGUUCCAUCCUCAGACGAUGAGGAAGAGAUAUCCCCAGAAAAGGAUGAUGAGAUGGAUGAAGAGGCAGCGCCAGAAAAGGAUGAUGAGAUGGACGUCGCAGAGGAUAAAACUAUUGAGGCUACAGAGGAAACAAAAACUCCGCAAGGAGAAGGUCCGAAAGGCACCCCAAAGAAGUCGGACUUUUUCUGCGUUGCCAUCGGGCACGAUGGAAUGGUAAUCGCAAAAUUGUUCAAGGACAAUACCAAGGCCACCAGGUUGAUGUGCUCUUGCUGCGAUCAGCCAUACGAUAACAUGCUUCAGAUUCGGAGUCACAAUCCCAUGACACGAAAGAGUCCCACCUACUACUGUGGCACUUGUGGAGCGAAUUUUCAAAAGCCAAAGCAACUGGCAGAUCACGAAGAGGCCGAGGAUCAUAAGAAACCAUUGACACGGCACCGGGACAUCAAUUUCCGUUGCCUGAAGUGCGACGAAAUGUUCUCUCGGUUUUCCGACACCAUCCGCCACGAGAAUAGCAUUCACAGUUCGGUGCAGUAUUCUUGUCCGUCCUGCCAGAUGCCCUUCAAGUACUAUGGAUCCUUUCAGAAGCACUUGCGCUAUCACAAUUCUACAAAUCAUUCUCCCCCCGACGUCUACGACUGCAACUAUCCGAAUUGCAGCCGCAGGUUCCGGGUGUGGAAGCGGUAUGUGAAGCACAUGAACUGGCACAGGGGCACUGGCCAAAUGUGUCCGUUUGUGGGAUGUAAUGUCACCACCGCUCCUGGUAACUACAUGAGCCAUAUGCGCUCCCACUACAAGAUGGCCCACUGCGAGCUGGAGGGAAAGUUCAUGAAGCUGGAUCCUGCCCAGCGUGUGCAUCCGGAUGGGCGGAAGGUGCCGUACACCAGACGAAUAGUGCCGGGCGAAAAGGAGGAGCCACCUGUCGAGCGAAUAAAGGUCAAUCCAGACGGAGAAUUCAUCAGCUUGCCCAAGCAAAUCGUAUUUCGGAAGGGCAGAUACAUAAAUGUUUCCGAAAAGAAUUAAAGAAAAUUAUCGUUAUAAAUAAUAAAUAAUUGUAGUUAAGAUUUAUGGGUUUAUAAAGCAACAUGGAUCUUAUGUAACGCCUUGAUUGUCGAAAUAAAUGAAUAAGUUAAAGAUUAAACUUGAAAAUAUAUAAUGAAAUUAAGCUGA